AUGGGCAAAGGAACAGACAAGCUUUACAUUACGCAUUCAGAAUGGUCCUCGGCCGACGCCUUUUCUCCCAGCAUCGGCGCAGGCGCGUCUCGCAACCAACAAGCCAGCGCUUCAUUUCGUCGUCUCCCCUUCAACUUUUGCGCCGCGAGUCUUCAGCCGUUCAAGAACCCAGUGUGCACACCAGAUGGGACUAUCUUCGAUGUUGAAGUCAUUGGCGCCUGGCUUGAAAAGCAUCCCAACCAGAACCCCGUCACCGGCGAGCCACUACAGAAAAAAGAUUUGAUCCGUCUCAACUUCGCCCGCAAUUCAGAGUCGGACUCCCUUGGUGCCGGAUUGAGCGAUGGAAAAGGCGAUUUAAUUGAUCCAGUCACAUACAAGGUCUUCACCGACAAUACACACAUAGUCGCUAUUCGUCAUGGCACAUAUGCCAACGUCUUCGCCUGGGAUACGGUCGAUCGCAUGAAUAUCAAGGCCAAAUCGUGGCGCGACUUAGUUGACGACGAGGAAUUCACCCGCGCCGACAUCAUCACUCUCCAGGACCCCCAGAAUGCGGCCAGUCGCAACUUGGAUCAGUUCAAGUACUUGAAGGAAGGACAUGACGCACAAUUGACAAAAGAGCAGGAAGAAGAGCGCAAUGCCGGCAACAUCAACUCCAGUGCUUUGGGAAGCAUGGGCGACAAGGUCUCGCGCGCCAAGGCGGCGGUAGAAAAGGCGCGCAAAGCUCGUGAGCAAGGUGGCGAUGUCAAUCGCAGUUCUACUGCUCUAACGAAACCCACGGCUGCUGGCAGCGUCGUUCGCAAGUCCAUGAUCAACGACAAGAAGUUGGCUGUCAACUCUGCCACUUACACCACAGGAAAGGCCGCAGCCAGUUUCACCAGCACAGGCUUGACACCCGAAACGAGUGGCGAGAGAGCACUACUCUCUGAUGAAGAGUACAUGCUGAAACCCAAGCGUGUCAAGACAACGGGAUUUGCUAGGAUGGAAACAAAUUUGGGCGACUUGACAAUCGAAUUAUACCCAGAGUUUGCGCCAAAGGCUGUGUGGAAUUUCAUCAGGUUAUCCCAGAAAGGUUAUUACAAGGGCGUGGCCUUUCACCGAAACAUUCCCAACUUUAUGAUCCAGGGUGGUGAUCCCUCGGGUACUGGUCGAGGCGGGCAGAGCGUUUGGGGCAAGUAUUUCGAUGAUGAAUUUGACGGUCCUAUGUCACACAAUGGCCGUGGAACCCUCUCGAUGGCCAAUAAAGGAAAAAACACAAACUCUAGCCAGUUCUUUUUUGCGUACAAGCCAACACCUCACCUCGACCGCAAACACACAGUAUUUGGAAAGGUCGUCGAAAACAUUAAUGUUCUCUCCAAAAUGGAAAAUGUCCCCACUGAUGGUUCUAACCGCCCCCUUAAUAAGAUCCUUAUCAAGGACAUUGUCAUUAUGCUUGACCCCUUCGCCGAGUUUCAAAAACAGAAACAGGAAAAUGAGUUACAGACUAAGGAGCGGGAGAAGAUCCAGCUACAAGGCGGUACAGACGAUGACAAGACGACAUGGACCGGCAAGCGGAUACGAAGUGACGGCAGCAUGGAGAACACAGGUGGUGGCGUAGGAAAGUACUUAAAGGCCACUACGCAAAAGAGUACAUCAACAGUCAACGAAGCAGACGUGGAGGAUGUUGACACAUGGGAGGAGCCUGCACGCAAAAAGGUUAAAGGAGGUGGUUUUGGAAAUUUUGAUAAUUGGUAA